AUCAUUAGGUUACGCGCACAAACGAAAAAUUGUCGCGCAACAUUUUUAUCGCUUUCACUCGCAUCAAUCAAAGGUUCAGUUUCUCCUCCUUUGAGGUAUUAACAAAAGAGUCAUCGCGUUGUCCAUAUUUAAAACGCUUAUCGUGCUUUCGUAAGUGAAAAGAUUGUGGCGCGAAAAAUUGUCGCUAGUACGCUCAUAGUUUUUGUAGUCGACGCGUGUACCGGAGAGGUUAAGAUGAGUGAAACGUAACAGGAUUUAUUUGUAAACGACGUGAACGGAGUUUAUGCACUGAUUCGCGUAGUAAAAUGUGUACAUAGUACACGCGACACUACCUGAUUUUCAUUAGUUUACAUUCACUGCAGUAAACUCGUUUCGUGCCUAAUUCACGCAUUUCAAUUUUUCGAAACUCGAUGGAUAUCUUAUUUGUUUCUGACACUUUUUCAUUAGCACACGCAUUUUUGCUUAUUGUGUAUACCUAAAAACGAGGUUAUGUCAUAGACAUAGUCUUGUACUUUUACUUCCGCGAAAGGUAGAAAAUAGUUUCUUACGAACGUAAAAUGAAAAUGGACUACAUAGUUUUCUUAGACGGUAAUUUAUUCGAAGUGAGUGCAUCAACGAAAACCAGAUUUACUGAUGACGAAGCUGUUACUUUCUACGAAUUAUUUUACAUUUUCCAAAUAUCUCAAGGUCUCGCACUUUAUCAAGAUGGAAAAUCUCGAAAGAAGAGAAAGGAGAGAAAAACAGAGACCAUCGAUAGAUCAUCGAUCUGAUCAAUUUUGGGAAACUGGUGGGGGAUCGGGCAACGAGAGCUACACAUACAUAGCGAUGCGGAGCAUCAGCGACAGAGUAAGAGGGAAAGCGCAGGGUGGCAAACGCCGAGUUGCCACCCUUCGUCAGCUGUCCUGUACGAGGCAGCCAGUACGCGUCGUGGCUUCGCCACGUGCUUCUCGUCUCUUUGCAAAGUUCGUGUUCACCAUCGUCGACGAUGUUUUCAUAUUUGACCGUGAUCUUGUUGUGUUGACUCGCCGAUCAAAUCGAACCACGGAUUCUCCGCGAUGCGAUCAAUUUGGGACAUCUGGAUCCGUUCGUGACCAUCGGUCGUACAUACUGUUUCGACGACCAUGUGACGAACGAGACGCUUAUCUUCGAUACGAGUUCAUUAUGGAGAUUCCAGCGUUUUUUCAUCGAGCGUAAUAAUAGAAAUAGAAGGUAUCCGAACGCUAGGCGUUUCAAUCGAAUUGAUGAAUGAAUUAGGACGCAUUGCGAGGGAGGAUCGGUCCCAAGACAUCAUGAAGCAGCGAGUCCUACUGGCCCUCGCCAACUUGAUCACCUCCUACGCAUCUUUCCUAGCGGCUACUGGAGCAAAAGCGUCCACGAGGCAGAGGACGCAGAGCAACAAUCACAGCAACAUCAGCGAGCUACUGGACAAUCUUCUUCGCGGUUACGACAACAGCGUCAGACCAGACUUCGGUGGUCCACCAGCCACGGUUGAGGUCGACAUCAUGGUGCGCAGUAUGGGUCCGAUUUCCGAAGUCGAUAUGACAUAUUCAAUGGAUUGCUACUUCCGGCAAUCGUGGGUGGAUCGACGUUUGGCUUUUCAAGGUGGCAAAGAAACUCUGGCGCUCAGUAUAUCGAUGCUGGCAAGAAUCUGGAAGCCGGAUACGUACUUUUACAAUGGAAAGCACAGUUAUUUACACACGAUAACCAGCCCUAAUAAGUUCGUCAGGCUUUAUCAAGACGGCAGAGUCCUGUAUAGUUCAAGACUUACGAUCAAGGCUGGUUGCCCGAUGAAUCUUGAGAAUUUUCCGAUGGAUACGCAGAGAUGUCCAUUACAAUUUGGCAGCUUCGGUUACACGAAACGGGACGUGAUCUACAAAUGGAACAGCGCCCGACAAGUAGCAAUCGCCGAGGACAUGAAAUUAUCCCAAUUCGAUUUAGUUGCCAAUCCCACUGCGAAUUAUUCUGCAUCGGCGACGCUUUCACACGCGGAAUAUUCGAUGCUGCUAGUAUAUUUUCAUCUGCAGAGGCACAUGGGUAAUUUUCUUAUACAAGUAUACGGGCCCUGUGUUUUACUCGUGGUCCUAUCUUGGGUCUCCUUCUGGUUAAAUCGAGAAGCCACUGCAGAUCGUGUAUCACUGGGUAUAACAACCGUAUUAACGAUGACAUUUCUGGGAUUAGAGGCGCGGACAGAUUUGCCUAAAGUUCCUUACCCCACUGCCCUGGACUUCUUCGUUUUCCUUUCGUUCGCUUUCAUUUUUGCCACCAUUAUACAAUUCGCGGUGGUGCAUUAUUUCACCAAGUACGGUUCCGGCGAGUGUUAUUUCAGCUCCGAUUUAAGCGAAAGUGAGAGUUCCAGCGACGAGGAGGAGGCAAAUACACGACAAUUGCAGAAAGAACCGGUACUCCAAUCGCACAAAAGAACCGCUGGAAACCUAACGGCACGAGGGCAGUCAAGUCGAAAUUUUACGAUGAAUGAGGACGGUAUGAUCGAAGUGAUACCGUUAUCAGCGAUCCCAGAACCCAGCAGAAAUCCUACAGUGGGCCACUGGCAGAUGUCCUGCGUGACCUGCAGCCCGCCCCCUCGUCAAGCUCCUCCGAGCAGAAAAGAGGGAUCCGGUCGAAGGCGACGCAGAAGAACGCCUAGAUACAAUUCCGUAUCGAAAAUCGAUCGUGCCAGCCGCAUCGUGUUCCCCGUGUUCUUCCUGGCUAUCAACGUGUUCUACUGGUGCGCGUAUCUGUCGAGAAGCGAGCGUAUCAAUUACUACAACGUGGAUUCGAACGGCACGUGAAAUCGGUCGCUAAACGGGACAACCAAGGGAAAACAAGUGUACGAAUGUUCUCCACGAGAUUACUCAACGGAGAAGGAGAUGUCGACCAAUCUACGAUAUUACUUUAAGCGAUCACUUAAUAAAAAUUGUUGGCCGGCGGGCGAUUUACGAGGACAAUGAGAGAUAUGGACGAGCGUAUGAACGAAUAUUACGUUAUCGUUCGUAAGUUCAAUCGUAUUACAUAAAAGGGGACAAGGAUGCAUGAAUAUUAUGAGUAUUAGAAACAUUUGCAUUUGUAUUUUUAACUCUCUGUAGGAGAAGUUUCUAACUAUUGUUUAAAAAAAGUUUUAAUUAUUGCUUAACUUGCGAUCAAAGUAAAAUUUCACCCUGGAAUCUUUUCGAAAAGAAUUGCGAAUAUUUCAAGAGGAGAUCCUAAUAUUUGACUUAACAAGUGAUUAAUUAGAUAAUAUAACAAAGAUGUUAAUAAGUAUGGCAGAAUUUUUUUAAAAGUCUGAAACAGCAAGAAGAUGUAUGUUUGGAUAUAAACGAUCUAAUUUCUAUAUUGUAAAGAUAUAUUUUAUAAGUUUGUAUACGAAACAUUAAAAAGUUGUGACAUUUUCCAAUUUCCUUUACAAUUAGUACAAUGAUACAUAUUUCAUUCGAAAUUCUGCAUUCUUCGCAAUUGUUGUUCAAUACGAUUAACCUUGUGAACGAUGCUACUGAUAAAUAAUCGACACCAACAAUACGGACGAAGAUAUGAGACCAGACUAGGAAACUUUAUGAAACGCUAUAUAAAUAUUUAGUAAAGCUUAAAAUGUGAGUUUGUAAUGUAUGCGGAGAAACUGAAGAGAUAAAUAUUGUUUAAAUCGGUUUAAGAAAUAAUUAUUGUUUAAAUUUUAUAUCUUGUUAAAUAGUGAUUCAUAUCGUAACUCUUAAAAAACGAACUAUAAUAGGUUUUUUGUGUUUAACACUUUAAAUAUAGUAGACGAAUUUAUAAUUUAAACAGUAUCAUUAUUAGGCAGUAAACAGUAUAUAUUAUUAUUACUAUUUUAUGACAAUAAACGUUAUGUUCACGAUUCAAUAUAGAAUGAUAUAUGUAGAAAUAUCUCUUUACAAUAACAAUCAGAUGUAAAAAUAUCUUUUUAUAAUUAACGACUUACAAGUUUAAGGGUUAAUAAGCAUAUUUUUUGUUGGCAAAUAACAUUAUUCAUUAUUCUUGACAAAAAUGGGAAAAUUAUCUGCGUUAAAAUGAGAUAUAUAUAUAUAUGAAAUAUUAUGUUCAAUCUCCUAAGUGUUAAAUUAUAGCACAAGAAUAUAACACGGAUAUAAAAAAUCCCUUAUCCGUACCAAUUAAUCAUUCUAAAUAGUGAUAAAUGUAUUGGAAAACACCAAUCUAUUUCUGUCAAUCACAAUCACAGAAAUUACUUCCUCCACUCUUGAAACAAGCAAUUGGGUCAACAAAUGAUUGUAUGACCAUGCUAGAACGAGAUAGCCGGUACAGUACUAAAUUGUACUCAUCAUUUCCAUUACAGAUAACGACUGAUUAUUAUAGGUUCGACCUUUGUCUAACAGUCAUAAAUGGUAACAAAUUAAAAUCGUCGUUUCAUAUUUUUGACCGUUAACGUGCCAUACAAUAGUUAGUAUUUAUGGUUUUCAUUCCUCGAAAACACAGUGUUCAAGUUAGUCUACUGAAAAGAAAAUUUAGCUUUAAUACCUCCCUCGUUAGACUAUACAAAAUACGUGAACAAUGAAAAGAUAAAACCUUUUCCUAUUUUUUCUCAAUUAUCGACUUUUCUUCUUUCUUAAUUGUUAAUAAAACGAAAUUUUAUAAUGUCGCGAUAUCUGUAACAUUCAAUCUGUUUCAGAGAAUAAAUUAAUUCUCACCUUCCGUGCAUGUGUGAAAAAAAGAUUUCAAAUGUAAAUGAUGCGAUAAAGUUUAGGACAAAUAUAUAAAAAUUGUUUGAAAUUCCUACUUAAAUGUAAGUUGCAUCAAUUGCAGAAAAAAAAUUGUGCCAGUCUGAUCUAAUAAUAAAAUAUCGGUGAAACGUACGGAAUAAAUUUUAAUCAUUAGAGGAACGUUUAGUGAGUGAAAUGAUAGAAAUAUUCAAUGGUAAUUGCGUAUUAGGUGCGACAAUAAAAAUCAAUUUUAAAAACA